AUGCCGCCCCGCCCGAACGCCAAACCGGCUUUUACGCAUUUUCUCUGUAUUCCCCUAAUCACACUAGCCUCGAGAUCACAAGUAUCGAGAAGCUUGGCUUCUUUCAAAGCAGAUGUUACGGAUGCUGCCAGCUUCGACAUCCCGGAGACCGCAGUCAGGCCCCUCGGCACCCUCCACCUCACACUUGGCAUGUUGAGCCUUCCCAGCCACGAGAGCGUCCAAAAAGCGACUGCAGUUCUCCGGAGCCUGAACCCGCGCGCAGCCUUUGUAGACAUUAGGUCGCUGCCCGCCACUGCGCCUCUCGCAACGCCAGCCCCACCGGUGGAUACCAGCGUUGAGCAGUUGCCGUUCCUGACUCUGAGGGGCCUGCAUUCGAUGCAGCGGCCUGAGCAGGCGUCGGUGUUGUAUGCUGCGCCUGAAGAUGAUCGAGGGAUCCUGCUGAGGUUCUGCGAGAGACUGCGCGAUUCCUUCAUUGAUGCGGGCGUCAUGGUGAGGGAAGAGAGGCCCCUGCUUUUGCAUGCUACCAUCAUCAACACGAUCUAUGUCAAGGGGGGCAGGGAUACGCAGGGAAAACGGGGGAAGAAGCUGGCUCUAGAUGCGACAGACGUGUUGGCGCGGUAUGAGGGAUACGUGUGGAUGGAAGGUGUGCCUCUGGAGAGGAUUGCCAUCUGCAAGAUGGGAGCGAAGGCGGUGGAUGGCGAGGAUGGGGCUGCGUACGACGUCGAGGCCGAGUUCUGCAAGACGGGGGGCCAACCCCGCGAUAGCAUCCUUCCCAUCGAACCUGUAUCCGCCCCCCGAUGCGAACUGAACGCAGCAUGCCGAGCCCGCGACACAUGGCUCCGCCCCCGCCCCCAUGACGAAAGAACGGAGACGAACGAAUCUCGGCGUGGCGAGCGUCGCGGGAGGGAGUCCGUCUCGGGAGACGAGGGGCCGAAACCAGGAGACACCGGCGGUGGGGCCGCGACGCAGAAGGAGCGGGAGACACACGGCGGGGCCAGUGGUAGCGGCACUGGUGGCAGCCACACGAAGGAGGCGGACGGGCAGCGCAUCGCGCUCCUGGAGACCGAGCUUGCGGUCAUGGAGGACGAGUUUGCGCGCGAGCUGGACAGGCUGAGCCGCAAGGAGAGCGAGACGGCAACGUUCUGGCAGGGCCGCGUGGCGCGAGCGGAGGACAGGGCGAGGGCCGCGUGCGGCGAGAUGGAGGCGCUGGAGGCGGAGUGCGUCGAGCUGCGGGCCCAGGUCCGAGGGUUGAAGGAGUUCGUGAGCACGAGUACGAGGACGGAUGGGCAAAGCGCCACGUCUGAUGAGGUUUUUGGGGAAGGGGCCGCACGGCUGGGCAACGGACUGCAGAACUGGGUCAUUGUGCAUUUCCGCAGGGCCAAGAUUGGUUCCGAAGAAGCCGUCAACCAGUGGCGCUCCACAACCCUGACCUUGCUGCGCCGCGAAGCCGGGGACAAGAUGCACAGCGAGACGGACGCCGCUACGGAACGAGUCAUUGAGCGCAUCAACCGCGUCCUCGACGGCAUCACCGACAACAAAACGACCGAUGCACGAGAUCAGGCCUUGAGGGCACUCAUAGUCAGCGCCAUUGACCUGGGCCGGCUGCUGGCCGUGCAGAAGGCAGUCUUUGGCGUCUUCAUGCCGGAGAUCGUGCCGCACCAGCAGACCAAGUUUGACCCUGCAACCAUGGAGGACGUCGGCGGUGAAGAUGAGGAGACGCUAUCCGAGCGGGAUAUAUGCUGCGUCACCUUUCCAGGCAUUAUGAAGAGGGGCGAUGAGACCGGGCGGAUGUUGGCAUACCGCAACAUCAUUGCCAAAGCGACGGUGCUGUGCAGUCCUGAAUGA